UUUAUCAAUUUUAAACAUAGAGUGCGCUAUAUCGCUAUCAAAUUAUCAUUUAUCAGUACAUUUAACUUUCGUAAAUAUUAUGAGAAAAGAAGUCUGUCCAUGUAAUUUUAUCGGUGUAUCAAUCAAAAACAUUAUCAAUUAAUGUCUAAGGUGAAGAUUUAUUGGUUAAGAUAAUUUUGACACACUUUUUUCAGAUCAAAACCUUUAAUAUUUAAUGUUACUAGGUGCAAGUAGUAUUAUAUACAGGCAUUUGAAAGUGCAAAUGCACUAAGCAAUUUUAUAAAAAUCAGAAUGUGAUAUAUGUAUAUAUUCAUUGCCAUAAUACUUAUGUUGUCCCCAAAUUCAUUUACUGUUAAUUUGAAAAGGUGAUUUACUGGGUCAUAGGUGUAUGAAAGCAAUAAUAAAACUGUAUUAUUUGGUAAAAAAUAACUGAAAUGUAAAGUUAUGCACUAUGCCUGGUGGAAGACGUAAUGCUGCUAGUAGAAACGGACAAUCUAAAUCCCAGGCUGGAUUUUCUCAGUCUACAAACAUUGGCAUACGGAGUAACAGUGGAGAAAGAACAGCUGGAAGUGGAGGAGAUGAUAAAAAAUUAGAGGAACUUUAUGGAAUGAAGACAUUGGUACCAAAACAUGUACCUGUACCUGUUGUACCUGUGGAUGGUCACUUAACAUUUGAAGCAUUAUCUUUGGUUGUAUCAAUUGUUGCAGCUUCAUUACAAAUGCUUAAUUUGUAUAGAACUGUAUGGUGGUUACCUCAUUCUUACAAUAAUUAUAGCAUGAACUUUUAUUUAAUUGAUCCCUAUCUACUGAUAUUUAUUGUAACUAUGGUUGCAAGACAAUUUGUUUAUUCCCUAUUACGAAGAUUUAUCGAUAUUUCAUCUCCAGCUCGUUGGUUGUCUACUGCUCAAAAAAUUAUGAGAAUAAGUUUAUUAAUCACUGUGAUGAGUAUAUUGUGCUGGUGCCUCUAUCAUAUGGCUGAAAGGCACAAUUCAAUGAAGAUCUUCUACUUAUGCUAUCCUUUAUCUGUGUAUUUUGUAAUGUUUGGCGUAAGUGCAACACCUUUCUUUGAUAUAUCAAUAACACCUGUAUACAGUAAAGAUGAUAAGAAGACUAAGCUUGCAAUGGACAAGCCUUUACAUAAUUGUUCUCUGAAUGCAUCAGCAAUUAGAGCAGAAGUUUCAACUUUAAGAUCUGAUUUUAAUCGCCGUUUGAAACGAGCUUUAUUUGCAUCUUCUAGCAGUGCUUAUGUAUGUGGCAUUGCACCUAUAAUAUUUGUACCUCAAUAUUUACAUUUUAAUGUUUCCUGGGUUGUACAACAUGUUAUUAUGUUUUGGCUUGGAAGAAUAAGUGCUCACUUUUCUCAAGCUUACUCAGUUAGGUAUUGCGACGUUUUACACAGAGCAGCGCUGCAUUUAGGUCGAUGGGUUAAAAUUGAAAAUCGUAAUAGUCAUACCUAUGCACAAGCAUGGAAUGAUUCGAUUUUGUGGCCUCAUGGUUCAAUUGUGAGACACAAUAAAGAAAUUUAUCGAUCAGAAGGUUUGUGUACUGUAGCGGAGCCGGGAAAUUCAAAUCACUACAGAUUUUAUGCAUUAUUUAGUAAUCCCACAAUGCUGCUAUGUUCGUUACUGGGCCUGCAGCUUGUCCUUGUGUGUUUGCAAUUGUUAAUUUUAAUACGUACAACUGACUGGUACCAAAUAUUGUCAAUGACAUUACUUCUUAUGAUCAAUUACUAUACUUUAUUUAAAGUAACUAGAGAUUACCUUAUUUGUUGGAAAGUAUACCACGCCGAGCAAAUAAUACAAGAAAAGUCUCAAAUGACUGUAAACUCUGCUAUUCAAUAAAUAAUGAAUAAAAAAAAGAAAGA